ACCUCGUUCCUGGUCAUCCCCUGCCAGCCCACCCACCAUCCCUGGAGGUCGCGCAGAGUCCAAUCCAAACUGAGGAAUGCUGGGGCGGGGCCGAGUGGGGGCCGCAGUUGCUGUUAAGAGUUUAGACCAAUCAGCCCUCGGCCCCACUUCUCUCGACCAGUAGGAAGUGGGGAAAGGCGCAGAGGUAGAAAGUGUGGCUAGAAGAGCAGGCGUCGGAGCCAAUCAGCCGUGGGCCUCGUUCCCAUUCGCCAACCAGCGGCAGGAGCGGGCCUGGGGGUGGGAGGCCGGGGCAGCUGUCAGGCUGAAGUCCGGCGAGCAACGCGCGGCGGGGAGGCUGAAGGAAGCGCGGCGCCCGGCCGGGCCCUGGAGAUGGUCGUCGGCGCCGCGGGCUGGUGGUGUCUCGUGCUCUGGCUCCCCGCCUGCGUCGCGGCCCACGGCUUACGCAUCCAUGAUUAUUUGUACUUCCAAGUGCUGAGUCCUGGAGACAUUCGAUACAUUUUCACAGCUACACCUGCAAAGGAUUUUGGUGGCAUCUUUCACACAAGGUAUGAGCAGAUUCACCUUGUCCCUGCGGAACCUUCAGAGGCCUGUGGAGAACUCAGCAACGGUUUCUUCAUCCAGGACCAGAUCGCUCUGGUGGAGAGGGGGGGCUGCUCCUUCCUCUCCAAGACCCGGGUGGUACAGGAACAUGGCGGGCGGGCAGUGAUCAUCUCUGACAACGCAGUUGACAAUGACAGCUUCUACGUGGAGAUGAUCCAGGACAGUACCCAGCGCACGGCUGACAUCCCUGCCCUCUUCCUACUCGGCCGAGAUGGCUACAUGAUCCGCCGCUCCCUGGAACAGCAUGGGCUGCCAUGGGCCAUCAUUUCCAUUCCAGUCAAUGUCACCAGCAUCCCCACCUUUGAGCUGCUGCAACCACCCUGGACCUUCUGGUAGAAGAGUUGGUUCCACCUUCCAGCCAGCUCUAGGCUGGGAAGGGGAAAUCCAGAAAUUCUGCUGUUUGGGACUUGGAGAUAGCAUUUGGGGAUAGGUGGAGCCAGGUAGAGGAAAAAGGCUUGCACCUUUGCUAGGCUAAGGGAAGUCACACCACUGUUCUCCCUUCCCCAGGGCCCCCAAGGGUGUCCCAUGUUAUGGGAAGAUGCAAGAAACAUGCCUCAGGGCUUCUUGACUAGAAUCUGGAACAAAAGGGGCUAAAGGCAGGUGGCCUGAAAGCCAUCCGUGACCUGUCACCUCUCACCUGGCUCCAGCCUCCCCGACCCAGGGUCUCUUGUGUCCUUCACAGCAGUUACUGGGGUGGUUUAAGGAGCUGGUGUUUGAGGACUUAAUAAACCCUCACUGACUUUUAGCAAUAAAGCCUCUCAUCAGGGUUGCAACUGUGUCCUAGAAUAAGAGCUCAUGGGUGGGAGGGCCUUCAAACUCACCCAUCUGGCCCCAUGCCCUUGUGUUGAGGGGAGGAGAUUGAGGCCCAGAGACAAUAAAUGACUUGUCCAAGGUCUUUUAGGACCACUACUCAGAUCGCUAAUCUUGGAUCCCAACACAGCCUCCUGCCUAAGAUCUUAGGAGCCAUAGUCCCUGGGGAGAAGGAUCAUCUUGCUGCCUAGUGCUGGGGAACCAUGCUUGCCCAUGGAGGAUCCUUGCUCUGGGGGUUUAGAACAUCAGCAAAGCGGAGUGUAGGUGAGACCAGAGAUGAGCCUAAACUGGGGAGCUAGAGCUCCCACCUCCUGCCAUUAUCUGGUCUACCUUUCAAGCCUUUUCACCACCCACGACUGCUGCGUGCUCCAGCAGCUUGUCAAGUCAUUCUCCACCAAGCAUGCCUUCAGAGCCUGUCACCACUCACAUUUUAUUGAGAAGAGUGGGCAGGCGGGGAUAGGAGGGGAUGCUGGCUGCUGUGAAGGAGCAAGAACCCAAUAGGCCAGACAGAAAGGCUCCACCUGGCUCAUAAUCCAGGGAAGGGCCUGUGGGCAGGCACCUGUCUUCGUAGGAUCCCUUAGCAGGGGGAUGUGAAGACCCCUUAGGGAAGGUAGGCAGAAAGGAAUCGCAGGUGAUGGGUUAUAAUUCCUACAGCUUCCAACACAAGAGUGAGGGGUACUGCUAAUUUGGGGUUGGAGGAUACAGUCAGGGCUAAUCUCCGAGUAUCUAACCCAGCUCUUCUAGGUUUCUGGAAGACUUCAAUGUUCCUCUGCGGAGACCCUAAAGAUGGAUUGAGGCCAGGAGAGCCCCUAACUGACCCAUAUUCAACUGGUCCCAGGGAACAAUUUGGAGCAUCCUAAGGAGCACAGGCCUGUCACCCCCAGGUCUCAGCCAUGCUGCUAGAGUCUUCAAUGGGAAGUGGUGUGAGGAAGGGGUAAUGAUCACCCACACGCCCCUUCUGAGGGAAGCAGAAGCCUUUUCCGUACCCUGUGGGGCCAGCCACUGUGCCAGGGCCUGAAAGGCAAGGCACAAAAUAGAGAUUCUGGAGUUUGGGGAAGGAGUUAGUCUCCACUCCCCCAGAUGUCCAAGGAGAGGAAGGUAAUUCCCCUGGCUCAGUGUUUCCUGGCAGAGCCUUAGGGAAAGUGUUCUGGAGGCCCAGUUCCUUUCCUGCCUCACCCAGCUGUGCUAGUAGUAGUCAGGCAGUUGCCCUUAUAAACUACAACGAUGGGAAGUGGGGAAGGUGAGGGCAAUGCACCCCCUCUUCUUUCUUCUUCAAUAAAGUAAGGCUGUUCUCAGAC